GUUGAUUAUUGAGGGUCCAACGGGCUAGCAACAAAUUAAACAGUUCAAUCGUGCGCCUCUAGUGUUCGUUGAUAUCUCUCCGUCGAUUUGAGCCCGGUUCUCACAAGUCGUGUUGCAUAACUGCCUGUGAAGCGAAUCGGCAACAGCAGCAAGGGAAAUAAUGCUUCGAAUUGCCGCACGUACCGGCGGAUUGGCGGUUCGGCGUGUUGCGUCUCCGGGCACAUUCAAUUUUCAACGAGCAAUGGCCACCGGGGAUUCGCUUGUACUGACGGAGGAAGUCGGCAGCAAGGGUGUGAUCACGCUGAACCGUCCGAAAGCACUGAACGCCAUCAACCUGGACAUGGUCCGGCAAAUCUACGGUGCGAUGAAGCAGUGGGAAACCGGCAAGAAUUUGGUGAUCGUGAAAUCGGUCGGCGAGAAAGCGUUCUGCGCCGGUGGUGACGUGCGUGCAAUCACCGAGUCGAGCGAUGCGGAACUGGCCAAACAGUUCUUCAGCACCGAGUACAGAAUGAACGCUCUGAUCGGUGGGUAUCGGCCGAUUUAUAUUGCUGUCAUCGACGGAAUUACGAUGGGCGGAGGCGUUGGACUGUCCGUGCACGGCAAAUAUCGGAUAGCGACAGAGCGCACAAUGUUUGCUAUGCCGGAAACAGCUAUUGGCCUGUUUCCGGACGUUGGUGGAGGUUACUUUCUGCCACGUCUGCAAGGAAAGCUAGGGCUGUAUCUAGGGCUCACAGGGUACCGGUUGAAAGGACGCGACGUCCACAAAGCAGGUGUUGCGACGCACUACGUCGAAAGCAAAAAUCUGCAAGCACUCGAGCAGCAAUUGUUGGCCACCACCAGCGCCAGCGAGGUAGAAGAUGUGCUUGCGCGCUUCUCCGAGAAGCGAGAAGCUGGCCUCGAGUUUGUGUUGGAGAAGCACUUGAAGCAGAUUGACGAGUGUUUCGGUGCACCGACCGUGGAAGAUAUCUUUGCGCGGCUCGAAAAAGACGGCAGUGAAUGGGCCCAUAGUACGCUGAAGUUGCUGCACAAAAUGUCUCCGACGUCGCUAGUCUGGCAAGGAAAAGUGGCUUUAGUUACUGGGGCGAGUUCCGGCAUCGGACAGGAUGUCGCCCUUGCUUUAGCCAACAGUGGUUUGGUCGUGGUCGGGAUUGCUCGUCGGGCGGAACUAAUAGCGCUGCUAUCGACUAAGGUGAUGGGUUCAGGGAAAAUCUACGCCAAAAAGUGUGACGUUAGCAGCGAGCCCGAAAUCAUGGAAACCUUGGGAUGGAUUCGCCGUGAGUUUGGAGGAAUCGAUGUACUGAUAAAUAAUGCAGGAAUAUUCCGGUACAGCUUCAUUACUCAGAGUGAAACGGCCGAUUUUCGCGACACAUUCAACGUGAACCUUCUGGCUACGUGCAUUUUCGUGCGUGAGGCGAUCAAAGAUAUGAAAGAAAGGCAAACGAGUGGUCACAUUAUUUUGGUAAACAGCAUCCUAGGCCAUCGGGUGCCGGAUGUAUCUGUGCCGCUUUUCGGUGUCUAUCCGGCAUCAAAGUACGGAUUGGUCGGACUGGCCGAAGUGUUGCGCCAGGAGCUUAAUUUCUUCAAAUUGCCCAUUAAAGUGACGAGUAUACACCCAGGCAUGGUUGAGACGGAUAUGAUUAAGGUUUUUGACUCGCAAUUAGCGGAACGUCUGCCGAAGCUGCAAGUUGAGGAUGUCACAUCGAGCAUUAUGUACAGCCUGCAAACGCCUCCAGAUGUUAGAAUCGACGAAAUAACCGUGACAGCCAAACCAUCGAAAGACGGUCAGAAUGAGAGAAAAUAAUCAUCUCUCCAUGUAAAAUGGCAUUUUUGCCUUCAUUCGUUAUUCGUUAUCCGUUCCAAAACUGCGCUUCCGUUCCAAAACACUUGCAAUAGCUGCGGCCUACUUCCUGGAAUUCAGCCAUCAAACAUAAAUUGCCGUCGUUUUGUUGCACUAAGCUGAACAGGGUCAAUUUGGGCUCCGGUGCAACUAAUUGGGGGCAAUAAAUUAAGCGUCAAUAGAACGGAUAAACCGUGUUCGUGUGGUAGAUGAAUCAGCAGAGAGAAAUGCAUAUUAAUUUAUGCUCGUUUAGCCGAUUUGUGUAACGGUGAAACGCCAAUAAGCUAAGCGCAAACGGGUAAAGGGCCAUUCACUUCCAUGUUUGUUCAUCAUUUAUUGGGCAUCUACUUGCAAGAAGGCACAUCGCAAUGAAAGAAAAAUGCUCCGAAUGCUUCUAAGCAAAACAUGCAUCUUCUUGAAAUCUAUUGGUCUAAUAAAUUAAGAUACCG